CCCCGUUCCCAUGGCAGCGCGGCUCCGCCCGCGCCGCCCGCACUUUGCCCGGGCCCGGCCCCGCAGCGGCCGCUCCGCCCGGCCCCCGAAGCGCAGCGAUUGUCCCCAAAGCCAUGGCAAAGUUUCUGUCCCAGGAUCAGAUUAAUGAGUUCAAGGAGUGCUUUUCCCUGUACGACAAGAAACAGAAAGGGAAGAUCCAAGGCUCGGACCUGCUGGCCGUGAUGCGGUGCCUGGGAGCCAGCCCCACGCCCGGAGAGGUGCAGAGGCACCUGCAGCUGCACAGGAUCGACAGGAACGCAGAGCUGGACUUCUCCACCUUCCUGAACAUCAUGUACAGGCAGAUGAAGCAGGAGGAGCCCGAGGAGGAGAUCCUGAGAGCCCUGGCCAUGAUCGACCGGCAGAAGAGAGGAGUGAUCGCCGUGCCCGAGCUGCGCGCCAAGCUCACCCGGCUGGGGGAGAAGCUUUCCGACGAGGAAGUGGAUGACCUGCUAAGAGAAGCCAAAGUUGGGCCAAAUGGAACCAUCAAAUACGAGGAAUUUGUGCACCACAUUUGCCUUCCCGCGGUCGACUACUGAAACCCAGAGUGGAUUUCCUGGAGCAGCACCUGGAGGGAUUUUGUUUCUAUUUUUCCCACUUUCUAGUCAGGCUCAGGAACCAUCAGUUGCCUUUCAAAACCUGAUUUUGCCUUCAUUUAGUGCUGACACUUCCAUAGGUUCCCCCCUGAUUCCUGGAAAAACAAGAAAUAAUAUGAUUAUGUUAUUAUAGCAAUAACAACUGUUAUUGAAAUAAACUGAGUGUGACAACA